UAGAAAGUGAAUGAUUCUCAAUCGUCACUAUGUGUGAAGACGCCCACAUUAAAGAGCAAUGGCAACUUUUACAAAGUCUUCGCUGUACUGUAGAAGGUUUAUUAGUUGAUGGUGUUUCAAAUGUAUGGGAUGUUUAUGGUGGUUUAAACCGUCUUCACAAUGUAAUGGAACAAAUAUUCAAACAUGGCUGUCGAAUUUUUAAUCGAAAUGGAGAACCAGAUUGUUGGAUCUUUAUUCAAGGAUUAAAUUGGCUGCAGCCCUCUGUAGCAUUGUCACCUGUUGUUUAUGAAACAGAAGAUUAUCUUUCAAAUUUACCAACUAGAAUCAUAUCACAUAAAGAUAUGUUAUGGCUAUAUAAAAGUUUGGAAAGUCAUUCUUUGUCACAUAAGCUUUCAUGGCUUUUGUCUGACAAAGAACAUUUACUUUCUUGUUUUCAUCCAUGGGCAUUUUUGUGUCAAGAGAACUUAGUUGAAGCUACAUUGUUGUGUCUAAGAGCAGUUGAAAGAAAUCAACCUAUAUUACUUACAGAAAUUGAUCCAUCUUUGUUUUUACCUUGUUGGAUGUCACCUAAAACAAGUCCAAAGAGACAUCGUCGAUCUUCUUCAUAUCCAAUCAACUUUCCAACUAUAAAUUUUAGUGUAGCAAGAGAUAAUGCUAUACAUAUUGAAAAAUGUCAAUUAGAGUCAUUAAAAAUAGAUUCAGAUGAUAAAAUUAUACAACAUGGUGAUGUUAGUUCAGAUGAAAAAAAUCAAGAAAAAACAUCAGAUUCUAAAAAAAUGAAUGAUAUACCUUUGAAAACUUGGAGUAGUCUUUCAGCAUUGACUAAGCAUUGUAAAAAUUUAGAAAAUAAUGUUCCUAUAGCUUCAUCAUAUGUUAUAGACAAUAGUUCACAUAAAAGUAAUGAUUCUCAAACAUCUUCUGUUGAAUUAUCAAAAAUAAUUACUGUAGACUAUGCUGAAUUAAAAUAUUCAACAUCAGUUGUUAUAAAUAAUAAACUACUUGUAAAACCAAAAAUUCCUAUGAGAAAAAUGAAAAGUAAAACUAAAAUGAAGCAGGAUCAUGGUGUGAAGAAAUCUAGUGAAGAUUCUGAUAUAUUAAGCAGUCAGGAUAUAUCAACAAAUACAGUAAAAGAAUAUCGCAUUCCAUCUUUUAUACCAAACCAAACAAGUUCAGAUACAUGUAAUAAAAAUUCUACCGAAAUUAAUGUAUCUCAGAAACCAACAAGAAAAACUUCCUUUUUACCAAGAUCAGCACCUGAAUUCACUAGUCCAUGGAGUUUAGAAAUUGAAGGGCAGAAAGACAUUAGAACACCAAAGAAAAGUUUCAUGGAAGAUGGAGGGAGCAGUGUUCAACCUAUGGCAAUAGGAUAUUUUCCACGUCCUACAGAAGGUCAAAGUUUGACAAGCUUCCUAGCUUCUGCACAAUUUUCUAGAGCAAAUGCUGAAUUGGAUAGAGAAAACGCACAUUUCAGUGUUUCUGAAGCUAUGAUAGCUGCCAUUGAACAAGUAAAAUGUAAUAGGCAAUGGCGUCUUAUGGAAGAAGCAAUUGAAGAAAGCGAUGAAGAAAUAAAUAGCUUAAAACAAAGAAUACGAUUAAGGCGCCGUCAACGACAAGAAGAACGGUACAAAGAAAGGACGUGGAAUCGUGAGCUAUUGAGUGAUUACAAAACAGAUACAACUACUGAUCAAAGUGUUAGUCCAUUAUCAACUUCCUCUGAAACUACAUCGGAAAAUAUAUCCACAGAUGGUAUAGAGGAUUUAGAAGUAGAUGACGAGCAAAAUGCAGUAAAACUUAAGAAUGCCGGAAUUUCUAUAUCUAUGGCAUCUUUAUAUUCAGAUGAAGAUUUGUUUCAAUCAUCUGCAUAUGCUACUAAAAGUAGUAGCAUGUCCGCAGAGGGAGUAGCUUUAUCGCUUCUUAGCAAAUUUAGUGAGAAACAACUACCCAGAGCAAGUGAAUUACAAUGGUUGGUCUCUGAAAAGGAUGCACCGCAAACAUUAUUACCACUACCAAAAAAUUGGCCAAUUAGUUCAGAUGAUUCAGAAAAUUCGCAGUCAAUUUUAUUGCGUGGAACUACAGAAUGGGCUCCACCAAGACCUCAAAUUAUUUUUACACCACAUCCUCCACCAAUGCGGCGAACUCUUAUAGCUAAACAGAAUUACAGGUGUGCAGGAUGUGGAGUAAAAGUUGCAAUAAAAUAUGCAAAUAAAUUUCGUUAUUGUGAGUAUUUAGGUAGAUAUUUCUGUACUGGGUGUCAUACUAAUCAAGUGGCAUUCAUACCUGGAAAAAUUUUAUUUAAAUGGGAUUUUAAUAGGUAUUCUGUAUCAAACUUUUCAUAUAGACUAUUAGAUCAAAUGACAUCAGAUCCAUUAUUUCAAAUAAAUGACUUAAAUCCAUCGUUAUAUAGACGAAUAAAACAAUUAACUAGGACAAGGCUAUUACGUACACAACUAUGUUUCUUUAAAGAUUUUCUAUUUACUUGCCGAUUUGCGAUAAGUAUUCAGGGUGUAUUGGAAAAGGAACCAAACUACAUAAUAAGUGAACCUCACGUAUAUUCCAUUCAAGAUCUGAUGCAUGUUAAGUAUGGUAUUUUACCAAUGAGAUUACAAGAACUAGUUGAAAUGUGUAAUAUGCAUAUAAUGGGCUGUGAGUUAUGCCAAGCUAAGGGAUUUAUAUGCGAAUUAUGUUAUUCUGAAGAUGUCAUAUUUCCGUGGGAACUUUCAAAAGUUAGUAGAUGUGAAAUGUGCGGUGCAUGUUUUCAUAAAAAAUGUAAGCAGAAUUUUAGUAAAGCAGAUUGUCGGCGCUGUAUUCGCUUACAUAAUAGACGAAUAUCUAGAGAAGUACAAUUUUGA